AACAACCGUCGGCCACUUAUAUAUAUAUAUAUGGGGUUUCAUCCCUGACACAGAACUUGCGAAGCUUAGUACUUGGAUUUCUCUGGUAUUGCUUCUGGAUACCAAGAAAGAGCAAGGAAAAGAGAGAAGCAUAAUGGCCGUAGGAGGUUUUGCUGUUGAUGGAUCCUCCAACUUUCAUGGGAGGAUUACAGCGUCAGUGGUUGUCACCUGCAUCGUCGCUGCAUCAAGUGGCCUGAUUUUCGGCUUCGACAUCGGAAUUUCAGGAGGUGUGACAACAAUGCUGCCAUUUCUGCGGAAAUUUUUCCCAUCAGUGUUGGCAAAAAUGAUGGAGGCCAAAACAAAUAUGUAUUGUCUGUAUGACAGCCAGGUUUUAACACUGUUUACAUCAUCACUCUACAUAGCAGGCUUAGCCUCAUCUCUUGUGGCUAGCCGCCUAACAUCAGCAAUAGGCCGCCGUAACAUAAUGGUCCUUGGUGGCUUAACUUUCCUUGCUGGUGCUGGCAUCAAUGGUGGCGCAGAAAAUAUAGCAAUGCUCAUCUUAGGCCGUAUCUUGCUUGGCUUUGGCGUUGGUUUCACUAAUCAGGCAACUCCCAUAUACCUGUCCGAGGUGGCACCUUCAAAAUGGCGUGGCGCCUUCAAUACGGGUUUCCAGUUUUUCAUAGGCAUUGGUGUGGUGGUAUCCAAUUGCAUAAAUUUCGGCACAACUAGACUCAGCUGGGGCUGGCGCCUCUCACUGGGGCUUGCAGGAGUUCCUGCUGCUAUCAUGACAAUAGGCGCCCUUUUCAUAACUGACAGCCCCAGUAGCUUAGUUGAAAGAGGCAAAAUCGACAAAGCAAGGCGUUCUUUACAGAAAGUUCGAGGGAAAGACGUUGAUGUGGAAGAUGAGCUAAGUGAAAUAAUGAAGUCAAGUGAAAUUGCGAAAGCUUCUUCUGAAGAACCUUUCCUCACCAUAUUUGAGAGGAAAUACAGACCUCACCUAGUUAUGGCAAUUGCCAUACCGUCUUUCCAACAGCUAACUGGCAUCAACAUUAUUGCCUUCUAUGCUCCCCAACUGUUUCAAUCAGUUGGCUUUGGAAAUGAUUCAGCUUUAAUAGCAUCCAUUAUACUAGGAAUGGUAAAUCUUGGCUCUAUUCUUGUAUCUACCGGUGUAGUCGACCGCUACGGUCGAAGAUCCUUGUUCCUGGUGGGUGGCGUUUUAAUGUUUGUUUGUCAGAUUGCUGUUGCUUUCGUGCUGGCGUAUGCAUCAGGAGUUUCAGGCAACAGGGAAAUAAACAGGGGAUAUGCCAUAUUAGUACUGGCACUAAUGUGCAUCUACGCUGCUGGUUUUGGUUGGUCUUGGGGUCCUCUAUCCUGGCUCAUUCCAAGUGAAAUAUUCCCCAUGAAAAUUAGGGCCACUGGUCAAAGCAUAGCUAUUGCUAUGAAUUUCGCAGUAACAUUUGUGCUAUCACAGACAUUCUUGACUAUGCUAUGCCACUUCAAAUUUGGCACCUUCUUGUUCUAUGCUGGUUGGAUUGGGGCGAUGACCAUAUUUAUUGCACUUUUCUUGCCUGAGACCAAGGGAAUUCCACUGGAUUCAAUGUAUAGUGUGUGGGAGAGGCACUGGUUUUGGCGCCGAUUUGUCAAAGACUAGACCCCAACACCAAUUUUACACCAUCAACAUAUGUUACAUACUUCUUAUUUCAAUAAGUCAUGGAGUCAGAUAUAUGUGUAUAUACAUAUAUAUGUAUCUGUUCAUAGUGGCUCUAGCCUUUGUUGUUGCGUUAGCACUACAGUAUUACGUCUGCCAAGUUACUUGCAAUUUAUGUAAUAUAGAUUAAUGCUUCAAUAGUAUACUGUGAUGUAAAAACACAAUUUUGAUAUUUCUUCCAAUAGUUGACCGUGUUUGACUCAA